AUGGGAACAAGUAGGUCCAACAGGUACGGCAUUGUGUCAGGCAAUUUACCGGAGGAGUCACGCCAGAAGAUCUCCAGCUCGGGACUCCAUAACGGCCACAGUUCCCUCAACUUCCGACUGCACUCGCCCUGCGACGCAGAGACAGAAGACAGUAGGAGGAGGUCGGGAGCCUCUGCUGGCGUGUCCAGCAUAAAGGGACAAGGAGGGAUGAACAACUACAACGGGAAGAUUCUGACAAGGGGCUCAGGCCAAGUACGUAGCCGGUUUGUAAAGAAGAAUGGACAAUGUAAUGUUCUGUUCACCAACAUGGACGAAAAGAGGCAGCGCUACCUAGCUGACAUCUUCACCACCUGCGUGGACAUCCGCUGGAGAUACCUGCUGCUUUUAUUCUGCGCCAGCUUCCUGGUCUCGUGGCUUUUCUUCGGCAUCAUCUUUUACAGUGUCUCUCUGGUGCAUGGGGACUUUGAGGAGAAACCGACGGUGAAGGGUGACGGGCUGGCGGUGGCGGGGCUGCACGGGCCCACAUCUGGACACACAUCUGGAGGGCCGACACAAAGGAUGCCCUGCAUACUCCAUGUCCAAGGCUUUGUUGGGGCUCUACUGUUCUCCAUGGAGACCCAGACCACCAUUGGUUACGGCUGGCGCUGCGUCACCGAGGAGUGCCCCGUCGCUGUGAUAACAGUGGUCGUCCAGUCCAUUGUGGGCUGCAUCAUUGACUCUUUCAUGAUUGGCACCAUCAUGGCCAAGAUGGCGCGGCCAAAGAAGAGGAACCAGACCCUCGUGUUCUCCAAAAAUGCUGUCAUUGCCCUGCGUGAUGGCAAGCUGUGCCUCAUGUGGAGGGUAGGCAACCUGCGGAAGAGCCACAUUGUGGAGGCUCAUGUCCGUGCCCAGUUGAUACGUUCUUACGUCACAGCUGAGGGAGAGUUCAUCCCCUUGGAGCAGAUGGACCUCAAUGUGGGCUAUGAUGAGGGCACAGACAGACUGUUUCUAGUAUCCCCGCUGGUAAUCAUCCACGAGAUAGAUAAAGACAGCCCCUUGUACAGUUUAAGCCGAGCUGAUCUGGAGGCGGAUGACUUUGAGAUCGUCGUGAUCUUGGAGGGGAUGGUGGAGGCCACGGCCAUGACCACCCAGUUCCGUAGCUCCUACCUCGCCAGAGAGGUCUUCUGGGGUCACAGGUUUGAGCCUGUGAUCCACGAGGACCGUGACCGAUACAAGGUAGACUACGCUCGCUUCCACAAGACCUACGAGGUGCCGUCAAUGCCCCAUCUCAGCGCAAAGGAGCUCGACAAGGCCGCCAGCAGGGCCUCUUCUACCGCUUCUCCCGUCUCGGCAUGUAGAUCCACGAAAGACUUUAUUCCCAGGUCCCUGAGCGCGUUUUGUUACGAGAACGAGAUGGCACUGAGCUGCGGGGAGGAAGAGGAUGACAUCUUCGACUCACAGAUUGUGGGGAAAGAGAGGGCAGAGGAGAGGAGGACUUCAGCGUCUGUAGACUUCCAAAAUGUGUUCCAGGACACAGCGACCAUGACAUCAGGCAGUCACAGCGUCAUGUGCGUUCUGGACAUGGACAACAACCAGAUGGAGUUUGACAUCCUACAGACUGCCAUCCCUCUUGAUCCAGUGUCUUAUAAGAGUGAGCAAGACAUCUAA